AUUCACUGCCAGUGGGGGCGUUUCCCUCGUCUCUCCUCUGACGUCGCUUCCGCUUCCCUCCAGGAAACAUGGCGGCCUGCGUGUCGAGCGUAAGGAGCGUUCGCGUUCUGUCAAAGAUCAUCCACGGACACUUCCUUCCGGCUGCUGCAGUCCAGCAUCAAGCGAGUAGUUCACGGUGGCUCCACUGGACUCGGGGCUCGGCGCUGUCUCCUGAGGUGUCGCUCACUGAGGAGCCGGACGCACUCUAUCAGGAGCUGUCGGUGCGGGUCAAAGGUCACGACAGGGCAGUGCUGGACAGCUAUGAGUUCUUCGCGACACUGGCGGCUCGUGAGCUCGGCCUGACCCUGGAGCGAGCGUUCGAGCCGCGCAAACACACAGAGAAACUGACGCUGCUGAAGUCUGUCCACAUCUUCAAGAAGCACCGCGUGCAGUACGAGAGCAGGACACAUCAGAGGUGCAUCCAGAUGUCCAGAGUGACCGGGUCGACUGCACGUGUUUAUCUGGAGUAUAUUCAGCGUAAUCUGCCGGAGGGCGUUGCUAUGGAGGUCACCAAGACUUCUGUGGAGAAGAUCCCAGAACACAUUCAGAAGCCGCUGUGGACCGACUGCACACUGGAGUGACCACGCUUCUGUCCACUGAGACCAGACACGCAUCCUAACUGUGAUUGUCAAAAUGUGUGUGUACAUGUAAACUUUCAGAAAAUACAUUUAUCUUUUUUACAUUAUAAAAGAAAACGACAUCAGCUCUUCUCUUUGAACUAGUAUUUAUUAUUUCAAAAAUAUUUCAGCUGUUAAAAUGAUACGCCCCGUCAUUAUACUCUGAACGUGCCUCAGAUUGUAUAUCCUGAACACCCUUUAAUAUCCUUUAGAAUUAAAUGCAUUAAAAAAUAAAGCAAAUAAGAGUUUCUUUAAA